UCUGCUGCCCACAAAAAUCCACCCUUCGUCUGCGCACAUGCCCGUCACUGUAGCUACAGAGAUAGCUGAGAGCUGCCUCUCCUUCACAUCCCUCCUUUCUGGCCUUCCUCUCUCCUCUCCUCUUCCCUCACCCUCGUUUGCGUGGGAAGCAUAAAUUGGUCCGUGAUUGCACGUUCCCCUUUUUAUUAUGGCCCCCCUCCAUCUCCAUUUCAUUAGAGCCUCGUCUUGUUAAUUUUCGCCCCCCUCCCUUCUCUCUCUCUCUCACGGGCGCACGCACGCACGCACGCACAAAUAGGCACCCCACCGAAGAUCCCAUUGACAACCGGCACGACCCAAUCCUCAUAUGUCCUGAUCUCCCCCACAUUCAAAAAUCAAAACCCCAAUCUCUCUCUCUCUCUCCUCCCCCCAGCGCACACAUAUUCACCGACUGGAAGAUGGGAAACCAUAGGAUGGCUCUCAUAGUGCUCACACUAGCCCUAUGCCAAUUUCCACAACCAGGAGACGCCCAACUCCAGCAGAACUACUACGCCAACACCUGCCCCAACGUCGAGAAUAUCGUGAGGGAAGUCGUCACGAAAAAAUUCAAGCAGACGUUUGUCACCGUCCCUGCCGUUCUCCGCCUCUUCUUCCACGACUGCUUCGUUAACGGCUGCGACGCAUCAGUAAUUGUAGCAUCCACAGCUGACAACACGGCCGAGAAGGACCACCCUGACAACUUAUCACUGGCUGGGGACGGGUUUGACACCGUGAUCAAGGCCAAGGCUGCUGUUGAUGCUGUGUCGCAGUGCCGGAAUAAGGUGUCGUGCGCCGACAUUCUCGCCAUCGCUACAAGAGAUGUUGUAGCACUGUCUGGUGGACCAUCAUAUGAGGUGGAGCUCGGGAGGCUCGACGGCUUAAGCUCGACGGCGGCGAGCGUUACCGGGAAUUUGCCACAGCCAGAGUUCAAUCUGGAUCAGCUCACAGCAAUGUUUGGAAAGAAUGGCCUAUCUCAGGAGGACAUGAUUGCUCUCUCAGCGGCACACACAUUGGGAUUCUCCCACUGUGGCAAAUUUGCUAAACGUAUAUACAGCUUCAGCCAACAAAGUUCAGUUGAUCCAACUCUGAACCAGAGCUAUGUAGUCCAGCUCCAGUCCAUGUGCCCCAAGGUUGUGGACUCAAGAAUAGCUAUUGACAUGGAUCCAAUCACACCUCGGACCUUUGAUAACCAAUACUACAAGAACCUCCAGCAUGGCAUGGGUCUCUUCACUUCAGACCAGGUCCUCUUCACCGACCCCAGGUCCAAGCCCGCUGUCAACUUCUGGGCUGCGAGCCCAUCAGCCUUCCAACGGGCCUUCGUCUCUGCCAUCACCAAGCUAGGUCGGGUUGGGGUUAAGACCGGAUCCGAUGGCAACAUUCGCCAGGAUUGUGCCAUCUUCAACUAAGAGAAAUAAUCUUCCCCUCUAGGAUGUGAAUUUUGGUGACAAUGCAAUCAAGAUAGUUUCUAAAUUAGAUACUUUAUUUAUAAUAAGGCGUGUCGAAGGCAUGUGGCUACUGGGUUGGCUAGGCCGGUGAAUGGACAUUAUUUGUUGUGGUUUUUAUAUAAUAAAGGUGAUGUAAGAACAUGUCUUUCUUCUUGUGUUAUUCUAUUUGAAAUGAUGAUGAAGGAGGAAUCAUUGAUGAACUUUUAUGUUCUUUUUCAUGUAAAAUGAAUCUCUACUUGGCAUUUAA